AGAGAUUCGCGACCCGUGACCGCGCCCAAUCCUCGGCCUCGCUUCCGCCGGUGGCUGCCGGGGGGCGUCGAGCACCCAACCCCCACCCGCGCCGCUGCAAGGCGAAAGCAGACACACACGAAGACGAAGGCGAGAACCAUGGCGCCACCCGCCGCGUCCCUCUCCCUCGUCUGCUGCGUCCCCUUCCCCGCCCCAGGCCCCCGCCGCGCCUCCACCUCCUCCACCAGGAGGCUUCCCAGAUUCGCGGCCAGGAGUAGCAGCGGCGGCUCACGCCCGGAGCCCAAAACAGGUGACAACGAGAGCAAGGCCGUCCUCGACGCCUUCUUCCUCGGGAAGGCCUUCGCGGAGGCGCUCACGGAGCGGGUCGAGUCGGUGGUGGGCGAGGUGUUCAGCGUCGUCGGGCAGUGGCAGGCCGAGCAGCAGAAGCAGGUGCAGGAGUUCCAGGAGGAAGUAGUUCAAAGAGCCCAAAAAGCCAAGGAGAGAGCUGCAACAGAAGUCACUGAUGAUAAGGGGCCAAAGACUCUAAGGGAACCUUCAGCAACAAUUGUCACACCUGCACCUACGUCACCUCCCCCUGCUACUCCCACACAGGCAGAAUAGUCCUAACCUUCUUGGUGGUGAUGAAGAGUUGCUGGUUACUCCCACACAGGCAGAAACAGUCCUAGCCUUCUUGGUGGUGAUGAAGGGUUGCUGGUUACUCCCACACAGGCAGAAUAUUCCUAGCCUUCUUGGUGGUAAUGGAGAGUUGCUGCUGCACGUAGAGGCAGUUCUAUGUGCCAAAAAAAAAAGUUGUAGGGACCCUCACCUGAUAUGUAUCAAUCAAAAUAGCCUUUGACAGUGAAACUCUAGCAUUUCAGUCGAAAAUCAAAGGAACAAAUUUUCAUAUGAGUGGAAUAGUAUACAUUAUUCUUAAGAAACACAGCUUCAAAAAACCUUGAAAACAAGAUGUGAUGGUUGUCUUGAUGUAUGCUAUUUGCCUAAUUAUAACUUUGAAUGAGGAUUCUGCUGCAAAA